AUGGACCAAUUGCAUGAACCAACGUCGCUGGGCGGCAUAUGGGGCACUAAGUAUCUCCAGCAGGAGCAACAGCGAAGAGCCAACUCGUACUCGUCACCACACGAAUUGUUGCCUUUCCUGCACACCAACAAGGUUAUGCAGCAGAAGCAUAUGCUCCAAUCCAUGCCUCCACAAAAUUUACUGUCGCCUCUCAAUAUGAACUAUAUGUCCCUUCACGACUCCCCAACGUUCGGCACACCUACGACUCCGCAUUCACCCUUCGAUUUCCACACCCUCAAUCUCCUCAUCGGGUCGGACACAGUUCCAACCCAAUGCCGUCUCCAAUUCUCUCUUCAUAUCCAACCUUCAUCUUCUUCAUCACCCCUUACCUGGUUGCGGACAAACGCCAACUCCACUGCGUCUACUGAGAGCUCACCAGUCUGCUUCACCACCCACCGCAGGCUUAACCCGAGCGCCGAGAGCGACCAACCAUCUGCUUUCCCUUUCCUCUCGCCAACACAGAACCAGUCAGGCUGA